UAAAGUACUUAAAACACAUGCAUUAUUCUCAGUUGGCGGAGUUUCGACAUUCCCAAAAAAAUCUGAGAAGUAUCCUUUUGCAUUCAAGCAUGAAAAUUUACCUAAACGCAGAGGCACAAUGACUUCAAAAGUGACAAAUGUCUCAGCAUCCCAAGCCACUGCGUUAAAGGGCAUUAUACGCAACAGUAGUUAUGUCAUACCAGGAUUAUACGACCUUAGCGUGGAGGAUACCAAUUGGGUGUUGACGUCGUCGUUCAUCAUUUUCACAAUGCAAACUGGGUUUGGCAUGCUUGAGUCGGGUUGUGUGUCGAUUAAAAAUGAGGUCAACAUCAUGAUGAAGAACGUCAUUGAUAUUGUACUUGGCGGCUUUACCUACUGGCUCUUCGGUUAUGGCAUGAGUUACGGCCGUGGACCACUUUCGAAUCCAUUCAUAGCCGUUGGAGAUUUUCUACUGGAUCCACCUGUGGGUGAUCCCUUAAUGGGGCAAAUUUUUGCUGCAUUUUUAUUUCAGUUGUCCUUUGCUACGACAGCAACAACGAUUGUAAGUGGCGCCAUGGCAGAAAGAUGCAAUUUCAAAGCGUACUGUAUAUUUUCGUUAUUAAAUACUGCUGUCUACUGUAUACCCGCCGGUUGGGUGUGGGGUGAACAUGGCUUCCUCAAUAAUCUUGGAGCUGUUGAUAUAGCGGGAAGUGGACCCGUACAUUUAAUUGGAGGUGCAGCCGCAUUUGCAUCUGCUGCUAUGUUGGGUCCACGUUUGGGUCGCUACGCAGACGGCUACGAUCCUCUGCCACUUGGUAAUCCUGUGAACGCAUGCAUGGGUCUAUUUGUGCUCUGGUGGGGAUGGCUAGCUUUUAAUUCCGGCAGUACAUAUGGUGUAAGUGGUGCCAAAUGGCAAUACGCUGCACGUGCUGCUGUCAUGACUAUGAUGGGUUCAUUUGGUGGUGGUAUCAUAAGUUGCGCAUACUCGCUUUGGCGUCAUGAUGGUCGUAUGGACAUUAUUGACCUUAUUAACGGUGUACUCGGGUCACUGGUCUCAAUUACGGCUGGGUGUUUUCUAUAUCGUGCUUGGGAGGCACUAGUCAUUGGGAUGUUGGGUGCCUUACUUUGCGUUGUCGCAAUGCCGUUGUUCGACCGGUUAGGAGUCGACGACCCAGUAGGUGCAAGCUCUGUUCACGGAGUUUGUGGCAUUUGGGGUGUUAUCGCGGUUGGACUUUUCGCUGACAAUCCUGUACCGUUAGAGACAACGAAGGGACGUUCAGGACUGUUUAAAGGUGGCGGUUGGUACUUGGUUGGCAUACAGACUUUGUCGGCACUAUGCCUUGCCUGCUGGGGCAUAUGUUCAACGUUUCUACUACUGUAUAUUAUCAACAAAUUUAUACCAUUACGCAUGGAUCCAAAUGAAGAGUUGCUCGGCGCUGAUUUAAUGGAACACCGAAUUCGCCACUCACAAAUCGGUUUGUCUCGUGCCAUUUCCGCAUUAGCACCGAUUAAGGUGAACCUCAAAGAAGUCGCCGGAAUUCAGCCAAUUGGUCUAAAUCCAGGUCAUGAGAAGAGCAUUGAACAGCUACGCGCUGCCGAAGAUAAAUUAUUAGAAUGGCAGCGAUAUCUUGAACAAAUGGGACCACAUUUACCCAAGCAUGUGCAAGAGCAAUUUGCCACAGAGGAGCACAAUAUACUCAAACAGAUUCAUACAUCGCCCGAUCGUAAGGCGCAAACGGUUGGCAAUACUUUUAGUAACAAAUUAAAAACGGUAUAUAUCAAGAAAGACCCGGAUCGUAAUGUGCAUACUCAAAUUACUCCCGCGUUUUACAAUCCGAACAUUAAAGAAUUACCAGUGAUUUCAACGAAACAAAUUGACAAGGAUAUCAAUUUUGCAUGGAUUGAUUAAAUAGAGCACACCCUAAAUGUAUUUAAGGAAUUUCGUGCAAUAAAGAAGAUAUUUAUAAAAUUA